AUGUUUGAAGAUUUCAAGAUGAAGAUGACAAAGGAGUUCGAGAUGACCGACAUUGGAUUGAUGUCAUACUACCUUGGCAUUGAAGUAAAACAAGAAGAAAAUGGAAUCUUCAUUGCUCAAGAAGGCUAUGCUAAAGAGGUGCUUAAGAAGUUCAAGAUGGAUGACUCAAAUCCAGUUUGCACGCCAAUGGAAUGUGGAGUCAAGUUAUCAAAGGAAGAAAAAGGAGAGAGUGUGGAUCCAACACUCUUUAAGAGUCUAGUUGGAAGCUUAAGCUAUCUAACGUGCACAAGGCCCGACAUCCUACACGCAGUUGGAGUUGUGAGUUGA